AGGAUUGUAUUUGUGCCCGAUCUUUCUCUCGCUCUCCUCCAACUCCACUUCUCUUUCGUUUUCCCUCAUUCAAAUCAAAUCCCCCUUUUUCCAUUCUCAGAUCUCAUCCAAAUCCCCCUCCAAUGGCGACCCCAACCCCACGCGAAGACAACGUCUACAUGGCCAAACUCGCCGAGCAAGCCGAGCGCUACGAAGAGAUGGUCGAAUUCAUGGAGAAAGUCUCCGCCGCCGUCUGCGAUUCCGAGGAGCUCACCGUCGAGGAGCGCAACCUCCUCUCCGUCGCCUACAAGAACGUCAUCGGAGCCCGCCGCGCCUCCUGGCGUAUCAUAUCUUCGAUCGAGCAGAAGGAGGAGUCUCGCGGCAAUGCCGACCAUGUCGCAACGAUCAAGGAUUAUCGGACCAAGAUCGAGUCCGAGCUUUCAUCGAUCUGCGACGGGAUUCUGAAAUUGCUUGACUCGAUGUUGAUUCCUUCGGCUACGUCUGGAGAUUCGAAGGUGUUUUAUUUGAAGAUGAAGGGGGAUUAUCAUAGGUAUUUGGCGGAGUUUAAGACUGGUGCUGAGAGAAAGGAGGCCGCUGAAAACACUCUCAAUGCCUAUAAGGCAGCGCAGGAUAUAGCAAAUACAGAGUUGGCUCCAACACAUCCAAUUCGGCUUGGAUUGGCUCUUAACUUCUCUGUAUUUUACUAUGAAAUUUUGAAUUCGCCUGAUCGAGCAUGCAGCCUUGCAAAACAGGCUUUUGAUGAAGCCAUUGCAGAGUUGGACACACUGGGAGAGGAUUCAUACAAGGACAGCACUUUGAUAAUGCAACUCCUUCGUGAUAAUCUGACUUUGUGGACCUCAGACAUGCAGGAUGAUGGAGCAGAGGAGAUCAAAGAAGCACCCAAGCACGAAGAGGAGAAGCAGUAAACUAACUGAUUGUUUUCAUUCUAGUAUUUCACUUCUCUUCUGUUUGUUUUUGAAUGGAGAAGUUGUGUGGACCCUCUAUCUAUCUGGUGUGGAGCCUCUAGGAUUUGAUGUGAUUCUUAUUGUUUUUUAAUUUCGGAAUACGAGUGUUUACUUUUGUGAUUUAAUGAUUAGUGCCUAAAUCCACUUUGGUUUUCAAUUUUUAGAAA